UGGGUUUCCAUUUGACCAUACAGCUGCAAAGAUUUGAUGUAAAGACGUCAGAUACUGGACUAAGCUAGUAUCCAGUAGACUCCAAAUCCAGCGGAAAGCCCAAGGUCGAGGUUUGAUGCUUCAACUCCGCAGUCUGGACUCUGUGGACAUCUUGGCAGCUUACACGCAUCACGGCACCAUUCCUGCCGACUACACCCAAUGUGCAUCAUGCUAUUGAUCAAAUCAAUACGCAUCUGCUGGAGCUCGGAUUAAGGCGAACCUUAGGGAGGCCUUAACCAAGUACUACACCCAACGGAACAACACUUGAGGAAAAUCAGUAGGCGUCAUGGACAUGGAUGGAUGUCAUUGCAACGUCCCGGUCCUCAAGCCCAACGUCGAGUCUCACAGGCACGGGAAGUGCCCUAUCAAGCCAUGUUCAUAUCAGACGCUUCCUUCGGAAACGUCAAUUCGACUCCUCAAGCUCCACACUUUUCCUGGUACAAACCACAGCUGUGAAAAAGACUUAUUCAGCCCCUUAAAGUGCUCACUGGUCACUGUCGACCUGUCAGACAAUCCCGCUUAUGCGGCGCUCUCCUACACCUGGGGAGAUCCGAAGAUAUACUAUUCAAGUGAAGACGAAAUUGUCGCCCAGUCAGAUUGGUAUUGUCAAUGUCAUACCAUGGAGAUCGAUGGAGAGGAAGUCACAAUUUCUACAAACCUUUACACUGCUUUAAUAUCCCUUCGAUACGUCAAGUCAGCUGCGAGAUACGCCGAACAUAACAAUGUUCAUGAAGAUUGUAUAUACAUCUGGAUCGAUGCGCUUUGCAUAAAUCAAUCAGAUGUUUCUGAGAAGUCGAGCCAAGUUCAGCUUAUGGGUCGCAUCUACUCACAAAGUUUGCAUGUCCUAGUAUGGCUCGGAGGUGCUGAUCCUAUCUCGGAUUCGUCAAUUGUUCUCCUUGAAAUGCUCAUUGCGUUGUGCCUGCCCACUCGAAAUGCGGACGGGAAAUACAUCGGACUGGAGCUGCUUCCUGAAAUGGCUCUCGAUGACCCACGCUUCUACGAGAUUCUUGGCCUGUCAGAGCAUAUAUCCAUUCAGAUAUGGAGUCGUCUUUUCGCAUUUCUCAACCGAUCGUGGUUUCGACGCGCAUGGGUAAUUCAGGAAUUAGGACUUGCUGUGAAAGCGACCUUCAUCUGUGGCCUGCAUCUCUUUAAUGACGCCCAUCUCCGCAAGUGGAUUCUUCUCCUGUCGGACAUGAAAAUUUUGUCCAAACUUGAGGAUCUGGAACCCCUGCUUGUCAGUGGUCACGAACUCACAGAGCACCAGCUCCUACAACGUGCUUCAUGGCCGACGACAAGCUCCUAUUCACUGUAUAAAAGCCAAGAUGUAAAUGCUUGGGACAUUGACAUGUUCAUGUUUCUCGAGUAUGUGAGGCAGAAACGCAAGGAGUCUAAGGAAAUAUCUCUAUUAGACCAAACUGUCAAGCGGAACGCGGCUUUCCUACCCAUAAGUCAAACUAUUAUGCUUUAUCGUUCGACCGAGGCAUCUGAUCCACGAGACAAGAUUUAUGCUUUUUUAGGCAUCUCACAUGGAGGAACUGUACCCAUCCCCCAGUCGUUAGCUCCUAAUUACUCGCUUUCACCCCGACAGGUAUACAUUCAGUGGGCAGAGUUCAUGAUUUCAUCAGACACGCAUCUUUGCUUACUGUCGAUGGUUGAAGAUCACUCUGUACGGAAGAUGGACGGAAUUCCGAGCUGGGUACCUGAUUUCAGCACCGAGUGUCGUCCCGUUCCCUUCCGCAGGCAAUCCCCGUUACCAUUCUGUGCCGACCGUGGACUAGGACCAAUGCUUGCAGCAUUUUCCGAGCCUGGUGUACUUGAGGUUCGAGGAUACAAGCUGAACAGGAUCACUGCUACUGCCAAGUCCAGUGAUCUGGAGCAAGGGGGGAUAAAAGCGAUUGCCGAGUUCCUCUCAGCUCUUCCCCAAGGGAUGAUGAUUAAGCAGCCCAACACUCCGCUGCAACAGGGCUCAACGACAGUCGAUGUCGAUACCUAUAUGCCUCAAAGUCGUCUGGACUUCUACUGGCGGACUUUGAUCACUGAUCGUUUCACCAAAGAACAGCACCCCGCGCCACAGAGCUGUGGUCAAGCUAUGAGGAUAUCCUUCCGUAGAUGCCUAUCUCAAACCGCGGCAGAUUUGAUACAUAACUCGAAGACAGGGGAUGAGUUCACUCAGCGUUGGCAAAGUUAUAUGGAGGAUAACGCCGCAUGGGAAAGCCUCUUGUUACCUGGUGAAAUAACACCACUUCAAGAACGACUAGCAGAAGCCAAUUCAGCAGCACGUGAAACCCAGACAAGCCAACUGAUUGUUCUUAACGAGGACGAAGACUUCGGCCCCAAUACUCCAACAGAACUACUCGCCAACGGCCAAAAUCUACCUUGGGAGAUAGGCCUAGAGGCCGAUUACAUGUAUCGCAAGAAGGUCUGCCAGAAAAUGAGAAAGCUCGUUAUCAUCAGCCCAGGAGGCCUGGGACUAGCUCCGGAUUCUGUCGCGAUAGACGACGAAGUCUGGAUCAUUGCCGGAUCACAAGUGCCGUUCAUCCUAAGGCCAGUGGGAGAGAACAGGUAUAAAUUGGUGGGAGAGGCUUAUGUACAUGGUGUCAUGCAUGGUGAAGCAAUGGAAGGAGUGGAUGUGAGAUAUCUGGGCAUUCGAAAUAUUCUCUUGGUCUGAGGGAUGCGAGUGGGCUUCUUUGCUUGGGUGGAGAAGUCGAGCUCCACUACUCCGCUGGGUACCGAGACUCUCUCACUUAUCAUGUGAUUCGUUUUCCUUCUCACCAACAAUUGGCACCGGAUGGUAAUUUCGACUAGAUGGAAUAUAUAUUCGAAACUCUAUUUAGUACGUAUAGAAUCACCAUAUCGAGAUAUACACUCUGCCUCAGGCUCGCACACAUAGCGAUCACCUGAUUCUCAAGGUAUGAAGUCGACGACAGUGUCAAUUGUUUCCUUGAAGAGAAAGAUUGCC